ACAACCACGAGCCCAUCAAACGAAUCGCAGCCGUCAGAUCCCUCUCCCAAACCCUAACAACCAAACCCCUCCUACAUAAUCCUUCCUUCUCAGUCCCUCCACCGCCGCCGCCUCUCCUCGUCUCCCGCCGUCUCCUCUCUCCCGAAGCCCAGCUCGUCGAGAUGUCGUCCGAGGCGGCGAAGGUCGUGGUGCCGGAGUCGGUGCUCCGUAAGAGGAAGCGGGAAGAGCUCUGGGCCGCGGAUAAGAAGGAGAAGGCCGUGGCCGAGAAGAAGAAGGCCAGCGAGAACCGCAAGGUCAUCUUCGCCCGCGCCAAGCAGUACGCCGAGGAGUACGAAUCCCAGGACAAGGAGCUUGUGCAGCUGAAGCGUGAGGCCCGGUUGAAGGGUGGGUUCUAUGUCAGUCCUGAGGCCAAGCUUCUAUUUGUCGUCCGCAUCCGUGGUAUCAAUGCGAUGCACCCAAAGACCAGGAAGAUCUUGCAGCUUUUGCGUUUGAGGCAGAUCUUUAAUGGCGUGUUCCUGAAGGUCAACAAGGCUACCAUUAACAUGCUGCGCAGGGUUGAACCGUAUGUUGCAUAUGGGUACCCAAACUUGAAGAGUGUCAGGGAGUUGAUCUACAAAAGGGGUUAUGGAAAGCUCAACAAGCAAAGAAUUCCUCUGACCAACAACAAAGUCAUCGAGGAGGGCUUGGGAAAGCACAACAUCAUCUGCAUUGAGGAUCUUGUUCACGAGAUCUUGACUGUGGGCCCACAUUUCAAGGAGGCCAACAACUUCCUCUGGCCAUUCAAGCUGAAGGCACCACUGGGAGGCCUCAAGAAGAAGAGGAACCACUACGUUGAGGGUGGUGAUGCUGGUAACCGUGAGAACUACAUCAAUCAGCUCGUCAGAAGGAUGAAUUAGGCUCUUGAUUAUGCACUCUGUUCGAAGGGUUAUUUUGUAUGAAACUUAUAUUACAUUAGGAAGUGAACUAUGACUGAGUAUGCUGCAAUUUUUGAUAUUCAGAACUAGACAUGUGAAGAAAUCUCAGGUUUCCUCCGGAGGUUGAGUUAUUUACUGUUUUUAUAGUGGGGUAUGAAUAUGUUUUUGUUUCUGCCAUUCACCAAUGUUAAAUGUUGAUGCUGAGCUACGUUGAUAUGCACUGUUA